CGGACGGUUUUGUCAAUCAAAAUAACUAUGGGGACGUAAUAAAUUGUGCUUUGUUCUAUUGCAAGCGGAGUCUCAUCUCGGAAUUAAUUCGAAUGACACGCCAAAGAGCUUGAAGACAUUUUGAAGAUUUUCUUAAAAAUGAAUUCUCGGGAAUAUGGAAAAUUCUUGGAAUCUUUAGCAGUGCAACCUUAUAUUACUUGCUCCAAUUACAUUCUUCUAUAAUAAGGAAAUAGAAUGUUACAUCUGGAAACUGACAAAGCAUUAACAAAAGAGUAAGUAAGUCCGAUUGCAAAAAACCAACGUUAUUUUAAUUUAAAGCGAGACUCAAAUAUGUGUCCGUCUUUAUUUACUUAGAAAGAAAGAUAAACACAGACGCAUAUUUAAGUCUCGCUUAAGAUAACAUUUGUGAAAUCGAGCCUAAACGAUAGAAAAAGCGGCACAAACUAAAUUUCCAAAAAUUGCAACUUCGACGAAUAUAUUCUCGGAGUCGAGCGUCGAGUCCACCAAUCGGAUCGUUCAUCGCGGCGCAGAUUGCGCGGGAUCCCAUAAAAAUGUUAUGGGAGUUUCCCUUCUAGCUAUUACCGCGGGAUAUCAGGUGGCUAAGAAAAAAAAAAUCGUUCAGAAACGGUUACCAACGGUCGCGUUUCGAGCCAUCCUGCCAUCCGGUUUAGGAUUGUCCAGGACUGUCACGGACGGGGGGCCCCCCAGGAUCACAACGAUAGGAUUCGGGGACGACACGAUUCGCUCAAGAUGCGUCCGGACUCGCGCAGCGUCUCGUUCACGUUUCACCGAGAGGUGCUGAGCGUGCGAAACUCGCCGGAGAUGGUGCGCAGCUCGCGGAACCUGCGUCAGCGCCUGCAGGAUCGAUUCGAGAAGGAUCGGGGAUCAUCUGGUGCGAAGGAGAAACCGCAAAAGACAAAAGAGUCCGCCGACCGGACCUGGAACAAUAUCAGCCUUGGUAACGUAUCCGCGGAUUCGAGACGAGCUCUACGGAACGGUGCCGAGAAGCUGUCCAGAACGAUAUCCUCGGUGUGCACCACUUUUGGCACGAUAUCCCAGAAAUUUAAGAGUUCUACACGUAGACGUCAGCGACUGGAGGAACAGCAGUCACCAUCCAACAUGCAGACACCUCAGACUCGCUCCCGCCAGCUUUUAGGACGCACGCCGACCAAACUCUACAGUCCCUUCGGCAUUGAGUCGCCGAGACACGCCUGGAAUAAAGAGAACGAAGUUAGCACGCCGGUACGUGCCUCAUCGUCGGAUUGCAAUAUGCGUUAUAUACACUGUAGGCCAUUUCGCUUCACAAAAGUGAAAGGAUUCUCUAUGCUGAGAUAAAGGACGAGAAAGGGCCCUUCUCCUCGCAGUUACGUGCACGUCGAUCUCUCUUUCUUCCUAACAAACGCAGUCAGGUUUGCGUGCCUUGUGUGCAACAUUUAUAUUAUUUAUUUAUAUUCAGUCGCGAGGGACUUGCCUCAAGCGAUGCAAAUCAAUCAUCGAGCCAUCAAUGUCUUUUCUUUUAUACAAAUAGUAUUUAUAGGUAUGCUAGGUACCUUUCAUAUUUACAUCAUUCCAUCGCUUUCUUCGCGUGCGUGUAUCGCAAACUCUUUCUACUUUUUUAUACGUAUUUAUAUAUAAAUAUAUACAUCUAUUGCAAUAAUGUACGCGAUAUAUGGCAGGGCCAAUGCUUUUACUCAAUCGCAUAUUGAAACGCUGGAAGUUGAGGUGUGACAACUAAAAAUCUCAAACAUGUGUUCACGCAAAUUAUCAAAAGCAUCGAAUUAAGAUUUUUUUUACGUACGAACGGCGCGCAAGAAACAAUCAUUUCUUGCGCAAAUUUUUACGAUACUCAAAAAUGUAUUUUAAGUUUGUUACGUCGUAAACUAAGGAUAUUUUGCUAUCAUGUUGAGACGAUUACUCGUAUGGAAAUGGAUAGAGAUAGGAUAAGAUAUAAAAAAAAACAGCUCUUUUUAAUAUUUGACUUGUGUCUUGUCUACUUAAUUCUAUCCUUUCUAAUGGGAUUGUCGCAAAAUGUCCUUGCAUUUUAUUUGAUAUAUGUGUAUAUAUAUACUCUGAGACACAGCGGUUCUCAGGAAUCAUCGCUCUAAAAGAUAAGGCAGCUCCAACACGUAUGGCCUCAGUAUAUACCUGCUCUACAAGCUACCACAUAUCUGAUCCUAAUUUAUAUUUAUUGGCACAAUAAUAACGAUUUUUA